AUGCCCCCCAAUGAUUCCAUCAUUGGCUCUCGCUUCACCGACGCUCAGCUAGGAGCCAUGGUCGAGUGGACUGAAGAUUAUAACAACCACCGCCUGCUCUUCGACCACGGUCAGACUAAGUGCGUAACAAAUCAGAUGGCGUUCACCAAAAUGGCGGACGACUUGAGGCCGAGAUUUAUCAGCGAGCCUUUGCUUCAAGGAGGCUUCGACCCGGAGAAAAUUUCAUGGGUUUCGGUCCGGAAGCGGUGGAAAACGAUGGUCGAUAAGCGUCGCAAAAAUCAACCAGGCAAGAGGUCAACUGGCGAUGAUGUGCACAGCGAUAUCCAGACUCUUCGCGAAAAGAGGCAAGAGAGAAUCCAUUGGACAACAUCCUCGCUAAGACGCCGACGUUCACGAAGUUGGUGGUCUUCCUUCAAUGGCGAGUAUUUGGAAUUGCCAGACAUAGACGACAAGCCUGCCUCACUUCCAUCAUCCCCUCGCGUUACUGUCUCAUUUCGUGCCGUUGCUCAGGCGCGCUCAGGCCAGCGUAUUGAUCAACAUCGCAGCCAAUCGGGCCCGGGCACCGACCCUGUGAGCGACGACACCUGCGUGACACCUACUUCUGACCGCUCGUCUCUGGCCAAGGCGCUGGCGGACGUGAGCACGGAAACAAUCUUGGAUCAAGGUCGGCGACAUUCACUCGUCCAAUCAGACACUUCGUCGAAGGUGACCCCCUACAACAUUGAUCGUCUGGGAUUCAUCGUUACCAAAGACGGCUCAAGCGAGACGGUGGCGCUCUUUGAUAUGGCAGAGCGAUUCGUAGGAGUAGAAACAACUGAAGUACGCCCUGGCAAGAGGAAGGCGGACGAGAAUUCGACCGAAAGCCCCACGUCUGUGACCAGUUCCGAUGACGACUCUGAAAGAGCUUCCAAGCGACCUCGCCAGCCAAAGUUUACCACCAGUACGGAAGCUAUGCUUGUAGGCUGUAUGUUGGUCAAGGAAACACGGAAACUGGCAGAGGCCAGGAAUGAGCAGCUGCGCCUGAUGGCUAUGUCGCAGAUAAUCGAAGCUCAACUUAAACGUAUGCCACCAGUCACCAACCAGGACACGCCUCAAGCUCAUCCCAUUAUUACUACUGCAACCAAAAGUGACAUCAAAACCACGCUAUCGUCCAAAGCUUCACAAAGACCUCAACGAAGAUCUUCGCGUGUCGCCUCACUUCACAAGAAGCAUGCAAUAAAGUCAAGGUAG